CUCACUUUCAAGUGAGCAGAAGGUAAAUAAGCAGAGAAAUAUCCAAGAACACACCGAUGGCCGACGAGUCAAGGAGGGUGCCGACGCUAGUGCAAGAGCUGGCCGCCGCCGAGGAGGAGCCGCCGAGCCGGUAUCUGCUGCAGGAGCAGGACCGAACCGGCAGCCUGUUGCUUGCCCAUGGUGCACCGGUAGGUCCGGUACUCGGUAGAAGCAUGGUGCAUCAGGCUCAGGGGCAGCUGGUGCAGGAGCUGGCCGCCGACGGCCUCCCUGCGCCGCCGAGCCGGUACGUGCUGAGGGAGGAGGACCGUCCGACCGUAGGCGGCGUCGCGGCUCCUGAGCUGGCCUUCCCCACCGUGGAUGUGCAACGCCUGGCCGAGUCCGGCGACGCCGAGGAGGCCGCGAAGCUGCGGUCGGCGCUCGAGUCCUGGGGCCUCUUCGCGGUGACCGGCCACGGCAUGCCGGAGGCGGUCCUCGACGGUAUCCGCGACGCGGCAAGGGAGUUUUUCCACUUGCCGUCGGAGGAGAAGCUGAAGCACGCCAACCAGACCGACGGCGGCGAGUUCCUGAACGAAGGCUACGGCAUCGACCGCGUGGACACCGACGAGCAGAUCCUCGACUGGUGCGACCGGCUGUAUCUCCAGGUCCAACCGGAGGAUGCGCGACAGCUGCGAUUCUGGCCCAACCACCCGCCGUCUCUCGCGGCGCUUCUGCAUGAGUACACGCUGAGGAGCGAGCAGGUGGCCAAGCAAGUGCUCAAGGCCAUGGCGAAGACGCUCGGCUUCGGGGAGGAGUUGUUCGUCGGCUAUGUCGGCGAGAGGGUAGCCACGUACGCGCGGUUCACAUACUACCCGCCCUGCCCGCGGCCGGACCUCGUGUACGGGCUGAAGCCCCACACCGACAACUCCGUCGUCACCGUCCUCCUCCUCGACCGCUACGUCGGCGGCCUCCAGGUGCUAAAGGACGGCCAGUGGGUCGACGUGCCCGUGCUUGGCCAGGACCUGUUGGUCAUCGUCGGCGACGAGAUGGAGAUCAUGAGCAACGCGGUGUUCAGGGCGCCGACGCACCGCGUGGUGACGAGCGACAGGGAGAGGAUAUCGCUGGUGCUGUUCUACCAGCCGGAGCCGCACAAGGACCUGGAGCCCGCCGAGGAGCUGGUGGACGAGGCGCGGCCGGCGCUGUACAAGAAGCUCAGUGUCAAGGCCUUCGGCGACGGCUUCUGGGACGCGUUCGCGCUCGGCGAACCCACCAUCGACUACCUCAAGGUCAAGGUCGACAAGGAGGUGUCCGCUCCUAGCGCUUGAUGUCCACUGGGAACGCUGCAGUUUGGUCGCAUCGCAAGCAAACUGAUGAACAAUCAUGAAUAAUCUACCUGUAAACUCGAUGUCUAGUCCGCUGCAAAGCUUGUGUAUGUUAGUAAUGGCCACGGAGCUCGGAUGUGGGAUGGCACAUGGAGGCGUCGUGGCUGAAGAGUCGGGCAAACAGCCCAUGUAUUGGUUGUUUCCGUUUGUCUAUCUAUUAUCUUAAUAACACUAUCUUAA